UUCUCCGGCUGCUCUAUAUAGGCCCCUCCCGCGGGCCGGGGCUUUGCAGAAAGGGCAGCCGGUGGCAGGGGAAGCAGCUGCAGGCAGGACGCCCCCAGACCCAAAUCCCGGCCCCAGCCUCUCGCAGCGCGCCCCGCAUCUGUCGAGGCUCAGGUUGUCCCCCAGUCCAACAGAAGCCAUGUGGAUGAUCACGCUCCUCGCACUCGGCGCUCUCGCCAGCGCCGUGCCCUCCGAAAAGAAACUGAGCGAUAAGGCAACGGCCCUUGCCGACCGUAGCGCCAACUUGGCCUUCAGCCUCUACCAGGUGAUGGCAAAGGACAAGAACAUGGAGAACAUCCUCCUGUCUCCGGUGGUGGUGGCUUCUUCCCUUGGCCUCGUGUCCCUUGGUGGCAAGGCCACCACGGCCUCGCAAGCCAAGGCACUGCUCAGUGCCGACAAGCUAAACGACGACUACGUGCACAGCGGCCUGUCCGAGCUCCUGAGCGACGUGAGCAACUCCACGGCCCGCAACGUCACCUGGAAGAUCGGCAACCGCCUCUACGGCCCCAGCUCCAUCAGCUUCACCGACGACUUUCUGAAGAGCAGCAAGAAGCACUACAACUACGACCACUCCAAGAUCAACUUCCGGGACAAGCGGAGCGCCCUAAAGUCCAUCAACGAGUGGGCAGCUCAAACCACCGACGGCAAACUGCCCGAGGUCACCAAGGAUGUGGACAAGACGGAUGGAGCCUUGAUCGUCAACGCCAUGUUCUUCAAACCUCACUGGGAUGAGAGGUUCCAUCACAAGAUGGUGGACAACCGUGGCUUUAUGGUGACCCGUUCCUUCACCGUGGGCGUUCCAAUGAUGCAUCGCACAGGCUUGUACCCAUAUUUCAACGAUGAGGCGGAGAACCUCCAGAUUGUGGAAAUGCCCCUGGCCCACAAGCUGUCCAGCAUGAUCAUCAUCUUGCCAAACCACGUGGAGCCUCUGGAGCGAGUGGAGAAGAUGCUGACCAAGGAGCACCUGAAGACCUGGAUGGGCAAGCUGAAGACGAGGUCGGUGGCCAUCUCCCUGCCCAAGGUCAGCCUGGAAGUCAGCCACGACCUCCAUAAACACUUGGCUGAGCUCGGCUUAACCGAAGCCAUUGACAAGAAGAAGGCUGAUCUGUCCAAGAUUUCGGGCAAGAAGGAUCUCUACCUCGCCAAUGUCUUCCAUGCGGCAGCCCUGGAGUGGGACACAGAGGGAAACCCCUACGAGGGUGACAUCUACUCCCGGGAAGAAAUGAAGAACCCCAAGCUCUUCUACGCCGAUCACCCAUUCGUCUUCCUCAUCAAGGACAAUAAGACCAAUUCUAUCCUCUUCAUUGGCCGGCUAGUGAGACCCAAAGGGGACAAAAUGCGCGACGAGUUGUAGUUGCGAGCGUGUGGCCAGAUUGGGUGGGAGGCGGGGAGGGGGUUGUUGGGUUUUCUGUAUGAACUAACUGGUGCUAUGUAGGACCACAGAGAGUCGACUCUAGCCCCUGCCGUUACCUCGCUGGAAGCAAAGGGGGUGGACAGUCGGUCAGCGAUGCAGUCCCUUGAACAACUGCAAGGGAUUUUGACCCUGCCCGUCAUCUUAAAUACUUUACACCGUAUCUUGCUUGCACGUGGUUCCUGAGGCUGUUGUGAAUCCCUGAGGCUGAAAGCCCCACCGAAAUGGUGCAAAAUACAUGAGGAGGAGGAGGGAAGAAGGGGUUAUGAGAUUGUUACCUUGGCAAGGGACAGUUCCUUAGAAAGUGAGAAACCUUUUAAAUCUUGGUGUGAAAGGGGUAGCAGUGUAAAAAGGGGGAGAUCACACUCUUUAAAGAGAUGUAUAAAUUCAUUUGUAGGGAAAGAUCAGAUCUUCACCCCCUCUAAACUGUAUACCCAUUCAAAUCCAUGGAGAUACUUUCACUGGACACACAAGGGUAAAGGGAACGCUGUAGUUUUAUGCCACAUUGCUCUACAAAACCACUUACAUGUCAUAGAUCCAGAGGAGUUAGCCGUGUUAGUCUGUUGCUGCAAAAUAGUAAAGAGUCCAGUAGCACCUUUAAGUCUAACCAACUUUAUUGUAGCAUAAGCUUUCGAGAACCACAGCUCAGAUGCAUGUGAUGAAGAGAGCUGUGGUUCUCUAAAGCUUAUGCUACUUAAAUGUCAGAUAUCUUGCUGCCACUGUACAUCGCCCAACCAUAUGAGCGUAAGUUGGGGAGUCACACUCCUUAGUGUCUCAGCUUUUUGGAAGCGCACAUUUUUCCUCUGAGGCACCAUUUCUCCCUUAGGAGGUCUGUCCACAGACACCCAUUAACUCUAUUCUGUCAGGCUCUGUAGUUUCCAUACGGCUUGAUUAAGGCAAGACAGGCAGUACUCUCCAACCCAGACAUCUCGUUUAGGACCUCACCCUGCUUCCCAGAUUCUUGACAAAUCUGCCUGUGCUGUUAAAUUGACCUUUCUGUGAAGGCAGCAAUGCGCAGGCAUGUGAACAUCGGUGAGGAUCCGCCCUGAAACAUCUCCAUGUUACCUGCUUUCACGAUUUCCACAGCUGGUUUUCACAUACCCCUCUCCCCCACCCAGCUAGCCUUGCUAGUGGUCAUAAGUUAACUAAGAGAUCAAGUUUUCCUCCAAAGUGGCCAUUCUGAGCCUCGUCUCCCAAGGCUGCAAUAUGGGGGUAACGGUUCUAACCUACCUUGUAAGGCUGUUUAAAGAUUGCAACCAGAUGAUGCGUGCCAAGCGCUUUCCACCCUCAAAAGCACUGGAGCGAUGCUACUUUAGAAUGCAUCUUCUCCUUCGUAGCACCAUCUGUGGCAGCUUCCCUGGGCCAGGAAGUGUAAAAGAGAAAACACUGAACUUUAUAUGGGCUGAGUUUGCAAAGCGGGUAUAUUUAGAUCCCAAAGGCAUGGCCUAGAACUUUUGAGCAGGAAGACUCUCCUUACAAUCGGAGCGGCCUGUUCUUUUAUCAUUCCAAGUUAUUUCAAGUGUGGAGAGGGAAUUCUUGCCAGGGACAAAUGCCAAGGGCACUUCCUUAGACCAUCGGGUACCAGGUUGGAAUUGUGGGAUCGUCAGCUGGGGAGGGGGUAGAGUGGAUGGCUGGAGAAGCACGCCUGCCAACUUUUUAACAGCUUUGCUGGGGGUAGAGUAACUAUUAGCAUUCCUCUGUGCUUCUUCACCCCGCAUUUCGGAUAUUCGAUAGAACACACAUGGCUGCAAGCAAAAAGACCUUCCAAAUCUGUCAGCUCUUAAGUUGGAUGGAGGCACACACCCUUAAAAAUACUCAACCAGAAAAAAAUUCUGGUAAACUCCAUCCCUUUCUCCGGGUUUCUGUGGGAACAUGGGGGAAGCAGCAGGGGGGGGGGGUUGGGUCAUAGCUCAGUGGCAAAGCACAUUGUGUGCACGUUGAAGAUCCCACAGACUCGUGAAGGAGGAAAUGUUAGGAAAGACCCUUUACUACCUUGGAAAACUGGUACCACUACAGAGUAAAUGGCACCUCAGUAGAAGCACUUGUUUAAAUGUUGGUUGGCAGACUCUUAUCUGAUGUCACAAGUGUUCACUGAAAGCGCAGACCAUACACAAAGCACUGUAUGCGUGCUGUUGAAUGUCCUCUAGCUCCAAUAUCAGGAGACUUUGAGGUCUCCUGCCCGCCCAGGGUAUCACAUGAACCUUUCUUGCCGGGAGAUUAACCUAUCCGGUAGCAUCUGCAAGUCUUCGCGUUUGCAAGCAAGCCAGGGCGAAGGGACAUCUUGCAAAAAUAUUAAGACUAUGCAAAAAAUGAAAGUCUUAAAUCAGCCACCUGGGAACAUGAUGGCGUGCAUGCCAACGAGCAUAGUGGAAUAAUUUGCCAUCAUGCCAGUCCUUUUUGCUGGGUGACGGUAGGGCAAGAGCAGAGAGUAUAUGGGGAGAUGAGUGGGGUGCAGAUGUCAGAUGCCUUCUAUAUUUUGUUGUCUUUGUAUCUCAGACCUUUGUAUGAUUUUUUGCAAUAAAUGUUUUUUGGAAAACCC